UCAGCGGAGAACGCGCGUUCAGGUCUGCAUUGAUUAGACCUGACUUCUCUGAAAGAAGGAAAGACAGAGGAAAGCACCGGAGCAGAGCUCUGUACCUCUGAAGCUGGGUCCCAAGCCCUGCCUUGGCAGUGUGCCUCAGUUUCCUCAGCUGUAGAACGAGAAUCAUAGCGAGGUUAUGAGUGGCAUUGGAUGAGCGUUGGGUGCAGAAGAGGAACAGGAAUGGAAAGGCCCGUUCUACUUCAUCCAAGGUGCAGACCCACAGUUUGGGCUGAUGAAGGCCUGGUCCACUGGGGACUGUGACCAUGGUGGUGAUGAAUGGGACCAGGAGAUCCGUCUCACUGAACAGGCUGUUCAGGCCAUUAACAAGCUGAACCCCAAACCUAAAUUCUUUGUUCUGUGCGGCGACCUCAUCCAUGCCAUGCCAGGGACCCCCUGGCGCAAGGAGCAAACUGAGGACCUGCAGCGGGUGCUCAAAGACCUUGACAGAGAGAUCCCACUGGUCCUUGUCAGUGGCAACCAUGACCUGGGCAACGUCCCCACAGCCGAGACCAUCGAGGAGUUCCACCAUACGUGGGGAGAUGACUACUUCAGCUUCUGGGUUGGGGGUGUCCUGUUCCUGGUGCUCAACUCGCAAUUCUGGUACGAUGCCUCCCAGUGCCCAGCCCUGAAGCAGGCCCAGGAUUGCUGGCUGGACCAGCAGCUGAGCAUCGCACGACAACGGAAGUGCCGGCAUGCCAUCGUCUUCCAGCAUAUCCCACUGUUCCUGCACAGCAUCGAUGAGGAUGAUGACUACUUCAACCUCACCAAGGCUGUGCGCGUGGAGCUGGCCGACAAGCUCUCUGGUGCAGGUAUCAAAGCUGUGUUCUCAGGCCACUACCACAGGAAUGCUGGGGGUACCUACCAGAACCUGGACAUGGUAGUGUCAUCCGCCAUUGGAUGCCAGCUGGGCAAAGACACCCAUGGCCUCCGAGUUGUGGUUGUCACCGCUGAGAAAAUUGUUCAUCGGUAUUACAGUUUAGAUGAGCUAAGCAAAGAUGGAAUAGAAGAUGAUCUAAUGGAGCUGAUGAAGAAGGAAUGACCGCACUUUGUGAUCAUCUCACUUUUCAAUUCCAGUUUUUUAUUUUUCCAGAAAUAGCAGCAGCACACAACCCUUUGUUGCAAUGUAGGCAUAGACCAGGCAGUUUUGUAAAUUUACAUCCUUUUGAGUAAAACCUAUGCUAAGGUAUAUUCACAAUGGAACUGCCACACAGAAAGCCUAGAAAUAAUAAUUUUCUAAUUAUUAUGAUAUUAGACUAUCUCUGCGUGAAUGUUUGAGGAAAUUCUCCUAAUCUCUCAAAUGAGAUUGUUUCUGGCAGCAUAUGAUCAAUGUCUACCUAUUGACCUCAGGCUCAGGUUGAUAUCCAAGUGUGAUCUUUGAUAAUUUCUUUGAACAAAUGUAUCUGAUUAUAUUAAAUUGUGGUCAUGACUCCCAAAGUAUUAGCAAAACAAAGAUCAUCUCCUUUCCAUUUUAGCAAAACACCUUUUUCUCUCUCUCUCUUUCUCUCUCUCUCUCUCUCUCUCCCUCUCUCUGUCUCUCACCAGAGCUAUGUACACUUAUUUUAACAGAGCCAAGUAGCCACUAUUGGCUGCUAAAUUAUAAACUGUCAGUUACUGCUAAUGCUGGGAACAGAAUACAUGACACAAGUCAGAACUUGAAUUUGCCUUCCUGACAGCUACAAAAGUUAGCUUUCCAUAAAAUGCCCGUGUUUAUCAGGCUCAAAACUUCACCUGCUUCAACAAAAAAGUGAGAGUUGAUGCAGACUUCUCAACAAAGACAAAGCAGAAAUUCUGGUGGGGCCAAAACAGGCUUUCAGUCACACCACCCUGACCCCAAAUAUGGUUCAAUGCGCCAGUACAGCACCCCUAGGCAGAACAGCAUCAGUUAUUUAAAGCAGCAUUGUUUUUAUAUAAUGUGCUUUGCUGCAUCUCCUUAACAGCUCCUGGCCCUGCUGUGCCCUUAUCUAUGUAGUUUGUUCACAAGCUUGCUUGCUGCUUUUGUGAGGACUGAACCCAGGGAUGUUGAGCUCCAUUCCCAGCCUUUUUAUUUGACAAGGUCUCACUAAAUUACCCAGGGUGGUUUGGGCUUGCAAUUCUCCCACCUCAGCUGGGAUAACAGACUGCACCACAAUUUCCAGCCAAUCCAUAUAGUGUUUUUCACAAGUUAUCCUGGUGAACAACCAGGUAGUCCAAAUUCCGGCAGGGAAACUUUGCAGGAUUGUACAAUAGUAUUCACUAAGCCUAAACCAACUUUUAAAAAACUGACUGGUUACAAAUGAAUUGCAAAGUCCAUUAAGUAAAAAAACUUCCUCGUUAAACAUGUUUAGUCAUCUUAGAAAAGUGACAGGAAAUUAAAUAGAUAAUCGAAUAUGUAAAUUCAUAAAAAACAAAAGAUAAGGAGUUAAUUAUACUACAAGUUGGUGACAUACUACUGUUCAUUGUUAUGUGCCAAAAAAAUUAAAAAUGUUCCAAACUAGGAUGUCCUUGUGGUACUUUGCAGCAAGUUUAUUUUUCUUUACAAGUUCAAAUGUAAGAAGUCAGCGAGGCAUAACUAAAAUGAGCCUCUGGAGACAUGAGAGGUGGUCACAGUAGGGCCGAAAACAGAAGCUCUGAUUCCACCAUGGGGGUCUCUCAGGAGGGAAAUGGGAAGCAGUCAGAGAGGACUGAAGAAGGUGCUCUCUUUCUCAGGUGCCCUGAAAAAAAAAAAUUGGAGAAGGUUAAGGAAGUAAUUAAAAGUAAUGGGAAUUAAACUAAGUAAAUCCUUUUCUGACAAAAACCUAGUAAGUCAAAGACUUCAUUUGAAAUACCCAAGAAUAUGCUAAGAAGGAAUCAUAUGAAAUUCUUACAAUUUUUGAAUAACAAAAUGAAACCUGUGUUCUACAACAUUAAUAGAUUCAGAAUGAAGUUGCAAAAGGUUUCUGAGGACCAGGAAACAUGUUAAUGUAUCACUCAGAUAAUAGAUCACUAUUAGUACAUAACACGAUGAAAAACCUACCAAAAAUAAGUACGUUAAUACUGUGAAAAACAAUAAAAGAUGCCAUGAGUGCACUCGCUGUGGUUUUGAGUGUUCCGUAUACAUCAAGUGCUUUGGCUCAGGAAGGUGGGGCACAUGGCCAAGGUCACCCAGUUUAUCAGUGGCAAUGCAAGUGUCAGGAUGCAGGCACUCCAAAUCUCAAGGCCCUGCUUCUGAACACCAUCUUGUCUCUCUUGGAACUGCAUUUCAGAGCAGAAAGUUUGGUUCAAGCUCAGCUGCAGCAGCACAGCAGUGUUAAGCAUCUUUGAUCACCCUGUCUGGGAGAACACACAGUGUUGACUGGAAACCUUGGGAUUUCAUCCUGGUAUUCACUAACCCUUGGAAACACCAGUAAACCGCUCCCUGAUUGAACCUGGUCCAGUGUGGUGGAGUCUGGAGAAGGAGCAGGUUGCUCCACACAGAAUUUUCACUGGAAAUUAAGAAACUGAGCUGAAUGGCUCUCAGAACACAUCUUCACCACGGUAACCCACUCAUCUGUUAGACGGUGCUUCACUCCUUGCUGUGGUUUUGAUUUGUUCCCAUGAUGAUGCACAGUCCCCAAUUUGGUGACAUGGAAAAUGCAGUGAGAUAUUUAAAAGGCAGAGCCUCGUGAGAAGUCCUUAGGUCACUGGAUAGGUACCCUUAGAAGGGAAUAGUGUAGUAUUCCUUGGGGACCCAGUGGCUUUCUGGUUUCCUGUCUUGUGAUAUGAUCACCUCUUCCACACACUGUGGCAAUUAUGACACCAUCUGCCACACGACCCUCACCAGAGAGCCAACAUGCUUCUGAGCCCUCAAAACUGAGAUAAACGUUUUCAUAUAAAGUUCCUAACCCCAGGACUUUGCACAUGCAUCACCACGUGCUUCCUGCGUGACCCACCAGCCCGAAGGAACAACAUGAUGCUGGCCCACUGCCUUCGGCGACCCUCCUCAUCUCCUAGACCAGGUAGCUGAUCAUUGGAACCUUGAUCUACAUGGAUUAACUGUGCUGGCUUGAUGGGAGACUCAGUAACACCUCACCCAAACAAGAUCUCAGCAGGCCCCAAUCAAUAUGGUGAGUUUGCCCCUAAAACAGGUCUUCAAAGGGUAAAUAGCAGUAGCAAAGCUCCUUCCAGUGAAGACCUUAGAGAGCUUGGCAAAGGUAUAGGUGACUCCUUCCUCCACACAGAGAACAUCAGGGGGGUUGAGGAGUGUGCCAAUAAGGGCUCCCCCAACUUGGAGAAAAUUAAAAGGGUCUAUGAGACACCCAGUGACACAGUAGGGUCUAGAUCUGGUGACCUGUAAUGACCUGAAAUGUAGCAACAGCAACUAAGGGUGGACUUACAUCAAUAUUCCUAGGCUAGUUAGCCCAGGAAGAAUAUAGGACUCUCCCAACAGGACCCUCAGAAGAAAUUCAGGUGACAGGCUCUCCUCUUCAGUGUGUUAUUCAGUAAUCAAAUACCAACCACACAGUAGGACCCUAAGAUACACACUACCGACAGUUAUGACUAUUGGGAUUGGAAAACCAAGUAUUAGCCCAAAAGGUGAAAAGGACAAAAAUGAAAAAGCACAAUGCAAUAAAGUACCUAACCUCAAGUAUUUCAUUAUAGUAGACGGAAACAGACUAAUGCACACCUUGUUUCACAGCUCCCAUCCCAGUGUGUAAGACGUCUACUCCCCUACCCUUCCUGUUAAUUGUGUAAAAAAAAGGGGGGGAGGGGGGAGAAGAUUCCUUAAAGUGAUCUUAAAUUGGGUUGCCAAGACACAAAACAGCGAGUUGUGAAUGAGGUCGGCUUAAUGAUCAUCCAGUUGCAUUUACUUUUUACAAAAUGAGUUUAUCUUCAAUCAUGGAAGAAUGGGGCCAUCAGAACAUUUUGUCACAUUUUGUAAUUUUCAGCAUUAUGACAUUAUGAGGUCCCAACAGAAUUACAAGGCAAACAAUAGUUUUAAACCUGAAUAAACGAAUAGCUCCUGUGUACUUGUAAGAAGAUAUGAGAUGUAGACAACUGUAAAAUCUGUACAUUAGGCAUAUGCACAUAAUACAAUCGUAGCUUGUAUUCUCAUGUAAAAUCUGGAGAAAAGGUAGCAAAAGCAUCAUUUGUAUUUACUUGAACUCUUCAUACUUAUUCUCCAAGUAGUAUCUUAAACGAAUGUGUGUGCAGUCACAAAAUUAAAUAGCUAUAUUAUAUUGAACUGGGAGUGGGGGAAGGCUGAGGAAUAACUUGUCAAGGCAAGUGCUAUUAAAAUCUUUCCUAAUAAACACCAGCGAUUUCUUACUUAGAUAACCUUAGCGAUUUUGGUUGCCCCUGCAAGAAAAAGUGCUUGACAGGUAGUAUUUUUUAUGACUUCGUAAAACACUGUCUGAUGCCACUGGAGAACUUGCAUAUGUGUAUUUGAAGGUGUGCAUAUAUUUAAGGGAGAGUUCUUUUCGAAUAAAAAUGACCUGUGGCAUUUAUCUAGAAAAGAUUUUAUUGAAUAAAUUUUCUUUUUCUUCUA